AUGAGCACAGAUGUCAUUUUGAAUAAGGACCAGUUCUAUAGACGAGCUGAGAAGAUUAGGAAACACGUGAGUGACCCAUUGGUCAUCAUGCUUGGAAAGCGUGCUGAUGUAGAGGAGUUUGCGCUGAACUCAGCACUCUUCAACUACCUUCUUGGCUUUGAAUUCAGCGAGACUGUCAUAAUUCUGAAGGAGGUACCAGUCAUAUUCACGUCGCAAAAGAAGGCUGAAAUUCUGGCACAGCUUGGGACGAACGUCACCUUGGUCAGAAACAACUCCAAGGAGAAUCCACUCUGCCAUUCUCAAUUUAUUUCUACCCUGACUGAAAACUACUCGAUUGUAGACCGGGAGAACAUCAAGGGUGAUUUUUGUAGCACAAUUUUGAAUGGAAUUAGGUUUAAAGAGGUAACUGAAGAAAUACUACGCAUAUUCACUGAGAAGGAGGAAGAUGAGAUUACGAAUGUGUUGAAGGCUGGAACAGUCUGUAACAACCUUAUUAAGAAGGCUAUUGACAUGUGUAGGGACGAGGAAUUCAGUAAGGAGGCUGUUGAAAGAUGCAUGGACUCAAAAAUAGGUGGAAUAGACCCAACUGCAAUUGAAUUCAGCUAUAACCCAGAACACAGCUCAAAUGGCGUUAGACUUGGAAUCAGGUACAGGGGAUACUGUGCAGAGAUAGGACGAGGAUUCAUGGACGACUUCUCUGCAGAAUACGAGAUACAGAAAUACGCCAUAUCGUUGGUGAGGGUAGGAGCCAAUUCAGCUGAAAUAUUGCAGGGAGCCAGGGACUUCGUUGAGGAGAAAGGGCUCAAUUUGAAGAUAAAAAUGAGUACAGUUGGAUUGAUGGCUAAAGAAAUGAAUUUCAAGAGCAAUUUUGAGCUGAAGAAUAACACGGUGUUUGUGAUGCGUGUUGGUGACUGGUUGACGAAUACGUUCAUAUUGACUGAUGUAGUUGAGUACGUGACAACUAAAGACAGUCACAUGGAGUACACCUUGCAGCGGAUGAAGUUCAGAAACAAGACCAAUGAGAACGAGGUGAGACAGAGAAUCAAGGAGCACCAGAAGGAGCUGCUAGACAAUUUGAUAACGAAUAUGGCUGAGAAAUAUAGGAAGUGUGACAAGGAGGAGACAGAGACAGUGUCAAAGGUAAUCAGGUAUCCAAAUGACUCGGCUGUGCCAAGAAACAAGCACGUGAAAUGCGACUUCGAUUCGCUCUACGUUUUGGUUCCAAUUUUGGGGUAUUCGAUUCCAUUUCACAUUUCACUGAUAAAAAAUGCAGCAGUAUCAAAUGAGACCAAAUUGAGAAUUAACCUAAAAGACAGCAAAGACAUCAAGACACUCAGAGGAGAGACGAAGAAGUGGGAUACGCAGUUCAAAUCGAUCAGUGUGACAAUUAGAAACGCAGAGGAGGUGUUGGCAGAGAUCAAUGAAAUGAAGCGUAUUUACAAUAGGCCAUUUGUGCCUGUGAAUAAGCAGGGGGCAUUGAAAGAACGGGCCAGGAAGGUGUUUCUUUACAACCUGUUGGUCAAAACAGACCACAAAAUUGUCUCUAAGAAGAACAUCUACAAUCUUGAGUUACAUGAAAAUGGAUUCAAAUAUGGGGAUACACACUUUCUAUUCAGUAACAUCAGGUGCAUAUUCUAUCAGUUAGGAGACUUCGAGAAGAUUCCACUGAUCCAUUUCAACCUCAAGGAGCCAAUCAUGCUCACAGACAAGCCAACUUACAACUUACAGUUCUUCAAGAAACAGGGCCUGAACUACGAUGACAUCACCAAGCGAGAGAACGAGCACAUGGCAAUGAUUCGCCAACAGGAACAGGAAGACGAGCUCUACAGAACAAACAGGGAGUUCACAAACUACAUUCAGCAAAUUGAGAGUGAAACAAGCUUCAGGCCACAGGGGCUAACGAAGACAUUCAUGGGCGUCUACCACAAGGAGUCUGCCUCCAUUUCAAUGACAAGCGAUGCCUUGGUCUCUGUUCACGACACACCGUAUCUCGUUGUCUACAUUGAUGAGAUUGAAAUAGUCAACUUUGAGCGAGUCACCUACGUAACCAAGACAUUUGAUUGUGUCAUGGUCUUCAAGGACAAGAAGAGGCAGCCACUGGUUCUAAGUGCCAUUGAAACAACCAAAUUGAACUACAUCAAGGCUGCCUUUGAUUCAGUCAAUAUUGUCUUUAUGGAAACCAGAAUAAGCAUAAACUGGAAUAACCUGAUUGCUACGAUCAUGAAGGAUCCACUUGGAUUCUACGAAUCUGGUGGCUGGACUGAGUUGCUGCUUGACGAGCCAGAGGAGGCCUCGUCCGAGACUGAAUCAGGCACAACAAUCAGCUCCUCGAUCGAAAGCGAAUCGGAAAGUGACGAUGAUGAUGGCAUAAGCAGUGAUGCAUUCAGUGAGAGUGUUGAUAGUGACACCGUAUCCAGUUCAUCAUUCAUAGCAAGCGACUCUGAAGACUACGAAGAAGAAAAGAGAAGGAGGAGAUAA